AUGGAUCUCACUUUGGGGAAUAAUGGUUUGGAUGGAACAAUUCCAGAGUGCAUUGGAAACUUGAGUUCUUCCCUUUUAUCCCUUGACCUACGGAUGAAUAAUUUUCAUGGUAAAAUACCUGAAAAUUUUGUUGAAGGUUGCAGCUUAAAAAGUUUUCUAAUCAGCAACAACCAAUUCGAAGGGUCACUGCCACGAUCUUUGGGUAACUGUAAAGAACUGGAGUUUCUUGAUGUUGGGAACAACUAUUUAAGUGACACUUUCCCAAAUUGGUUAGGAAAUUUGGAUCAGUUACAAGUGCUAGACUUGAGAGAAAAUAGAUUCUAUGGUAAGUUGGAUAGCUCUGAUGUUACCUUCACUCGUUUACGUGUCAUUGAUCUCUCUCAUAAUAACUUCGGUGGCUACCUACCUGUAAAUUUUUUUGAAAAUUUGCAUGCCAUUAGAGAAGGGAAUGGAAAGAAAGUUAAACCAGAGUACAUGGAAGAUGUAAUAGCUGGUGGAACAGUAUUUAUUUGGCCAGGUUUAUCUUUUACAACAAAAGGGUUGGAAACAGAGUUUGAAAAACUAUUAACCAUAUGGACAGCUAUUGACUUCUCCAGCAACCAAUUCUCCGGAGAAAUUCCUAAAACAAUUGGAGAACUUCAUUCACUCAUUGUCCUAAAUCUCUCUCAUAAUUGUUUAACAGGUCCUAUCCCAUCAUCAUUAGGUGAUUUGUCGGAACUUGAAUCAUUAGAUCUAUCAUCAAACAAGCUCCAUGGAAGAAUUCCAACAGAGUUUACAAAUCUUGGAUUCCUAGAGGUGUUAAACCUUUCUCAUAAUAAUCUCAUGGGACCCAUUCCUCAAGGCAAACAAUUGGAGACUUUCAGUAAUGAUUCCUACAUAGGAAACUUGGGUUUAUGUGGAUUGCCAUUAUCAAAAAGCUGUGAUAAUGAUGAGGGAACUCCAGCCAAAUUCGAUAGAGAUGAUGAUGAUGAUGGAUUGAAUUGGAAAUUUUCUAUACUGAUGGGACCGAGCGGUGGAGAGAGCAGAAAACUUCAUUGCAUGGUGGUAGGCAGGCCCUUUUCUGUAGCUGUUUCAUAUCUAUUGCUGCGAAGAUUUUUCCAAACAGGACCAUCAUGCGGUCCUGAUUUCCCCGUUAUUCGCAGCUUCAAUCGUAGUCAUAGCUUCAGGGAUCUAUUUUCUGCAUUCCGUGUCAUAGUUGAUAAUAAUCCCAUAAUGAAUGCAGAAACCAUUGCAGGAAGAAUUUGCCAAGUGCUUCAAAGAAAGUGGAAUAUCUGA